GCGCAGUGAGACCUCGAAGGGACUGAGAGAGAGACAUAUGUUCGCGUUUAAGGGUCCACAAAAUAGUGUUUUCUUCAAAGAAGAAGUAUUUAUCUAGAUAUAUAUUUAUAUCGUCUAACACACUCUACCUCAACCUUCAAGCAAGCUGAUUGUCUUUUGUUCUUUGCUUCUUUUUUUCACCAUCUUCCUGUUUACAGUAACUCUCUCUACCGCAGGUUCUUAACUUUUGCACAGCCAAUAAAAGCUAUGAUUGAGCUUUAAGUGUUCCUAACACGUGAAGGAGAAACUCAUGCACUUCAGCACCUUUCCAGAGGCUUCUAUGAACAGCUGUAACAGCUGAUGACCAAAGAGCUCCAGCCGCAAGAGACACUAGCAGGACUGAUCCGGCCCCCUCCUCCUCCUCUCCCAGCUCCCUCAUCAUGUUCCAGAGGUUCACCAGCAUCCUGUUUGGAGAUGCCUUGGAGGAGGCCAGUGAAUGUCCUGCGGGUGUGGGCUUUAACCGAAAUGAAGUUGAUGACGACUGGAUCCUCGUCGAUUAUCUCGCUGAAGCUUGCACCAGUGCCUGUGAGGAUGAGUUGAUAGAAAUCUGCUCUGAGAACAUGGAUGCCCCUGACUGCCCUCUGCGCUGCUCCUCAUGCUCGUCUCUGGACUCGGCAGCGGACACCGACUCGGAGGACAGAGCAUUCUUGUGCCUGGAUGAGGAGUGUGGUCUGGAGGAAAGCUGGUUUAUCACACCCCCGCCCUGCUUUACAGCUGGAGGAAGUAGUCCAGUGCUGUUGGAGACCAGUCCUCUAGAGAACCUGCUCAUUGAGCACCCCAGCAUGUCUGUCUAUGCUGUGCAUAGCUCACCCCAUCGCCAGCUGAAGGAAAAUACUUGUGAACCCAGCAUCCUCAGGUCUGAAGUUCAGCACAGACCCAGUCACCCUACUGGCUGCUAUGCAGCCGCUCUCACCGCCACACGUGCUUGCUUCCUAGAGCAGGCAAAAAAUGGGCGCCUAGCUCAAAGGAUUCAGGACAACGUGCAGCGCCAGCAGCUGUCUCGUAACGCGCUUCGCCGCCUGAACCUGCUCCGUGAUGGGGGGGCCAGGCAGGCCAAAGCCACCGCAGGUCAUGUCCACCAGCCCGGACAGAGGCAGUACAACUACUGAGACCUUUGCCACUGUGCUCCCCAAAUAAUUCACUCUCUCUCUUUCUCUCUCUUUCUCUUCCUCUCCCCCUUCUCUCUUCCCAGCUCUAUUCUAGGAGUUAGUCUUUCUUAUAGACAUAGACACAAUGGGAUCCUUUAGAAUCAAUAGCAUAGGUCACUUUACUCCAUUGCAGGUACCAAUCUGCUUGAGCGUAUGUCCAAAUCAGGCUCUGUUUAGCUCUUGUUCUCCUACCUGGAGCUGACAGCAUAUUUUAAUUGUGUCACGAGCGCACUUACAUAAUGGUUCACAUCUGUAUGCACUCCAUGUACAGAGCAUCAUGCAGUGUGAAUGUAGGUCUUUGUCAUCAUCAUCAUUAUUAUUAUUUUCUUGCAUGUUGUAUAUCAGUGGACAUGCAUGAAUUGCAUCAUCCUGUGCCUAUUUGCUUCAGGUGUACCAAUGUUUAUGGCCAUUUUUUUGCAUCACUAAUUGCAUUGUUGCUUAACUCAGUCGGAUAGGCUUACUUUUUCAAAAAAAUUCCUUUCGCUACUAUAUUUUAAGUCUAGCAUUAUUUGUCACUAAAAGCCUUUAGUAGAAAAUUUCCAAAUAUGUAAGAUGUAUAUUUAAAAAAAAUAAAAAACUUAAAAAUAUUUUUUAAAAGAAAAAAAAAUCACACAUAUAGUAUAUAAUGUAAAGUACAAGGUUGUAUAAGGUUGUGUUAUCUGCAGUGUAAGGUAUGUAUGUAGUUUUAGUUUGACAUUAUAUUGUAUGAAAACAGUUGAGUGUUUUAUUAUUGAUUUUGCUUUGAAUCUGCCAUACAUGUCUCAGGGCCUCAACACAGUCACUUGUUCUCUAAUAAAAUGCAGAUUACUUGACAAUUGUUAAUUGUAUUUGUACAUACUGAAGAACUUCUUAACUUUGUCAUUGAGUACAUUGCCUUGUUGAAAUAUUUGUAACUAAUCACUUUUACCUAAGCCGAACGAAAGCGAGAGGCUUGCUCGGCCUAGGACUGUGAAAACAAAGUCUUUCUUUUUUUUCCGACUGUUAAAAUCUGCAAAGAGUUAAACUUUUUUUUUUUUUUCUGAAAUGUUCUUUUCAGAAAUGAUUUUUCUCACUGUACAGGCUUUUGCAUUUUUAUGCCUCAUGUUUUAUUAGUUACAUAAAAAUUGUAUUCGCUGAGGUAAAUAUUUAAACCUAAUGUAGCAACAAACUUUGUCUUUUGGUAGUGUUAUAUAUGUAUAUAUAUUUUUUUCUUUUUGUUAUUUUGUCUGUAUUUGUGUUUGUUGAUCUGUCCAAAUUACCGCAAAAUGGUAUUGAAACAUGUUAAGUGUGCGUGGAUGAUCUAGACUGAUCGAUAUGAAGUGCAGGUUUUUAAUUCAUGGCAAACAAUCACAGCUGGCAUUCAUGAAAAUGUUCACUGUACUUGGGUCAGCAAAUUGAUUAGCACAUCUAAGAUGGCUCUUUUUCAGGACACCAUAAUGUGUUGUGUUAUUUGGCUCAUUUCACUUAACCUUGGUUUCUUUAACAUUUAUUUCUGCAGUUAUAGGGAUUUUUAGUAACAUGGCAGCUUUGUCCAAUUUCAUAGUUUUGUCUGGAGGAGCAGCAUUUCCUUUUGUCUACAGCAAUUUAACUUUUCAUGUUAACAACAGGGAUUUUAUUUGGCCUUGAAAUCUGUUAAGGAUCUCGUGCCUUCCAGGUGGACAGCGUGACAAUGCAUUAGUAAAAAACUUGAAUUCUGUCCAAAGGGACUUGAACUCACUAUGCACAGGCAAGUAGGCAAGGUUCUCUCUGUGUUUGUGUAGAUAAUUAAUAAUGCACCCUAGAUGUCACCAUCAGACUGGAAUAUAAAACAGCACUUUGCCAAUCUAGUAGGUUUAAGUACCUUCUGUUUAUUUGUUCUCUUUCUUAUAUUGUGAAUUAAUAUUUAAAACAAAUGUACACCCUUCUUUUUUUGUAACUAGCAUAAUAUACAGUUGUAAAGCCUCUUGUUUGUAUACUUUAUGCUUGUUUAUUUUUUAAUAAAUGCUUUGGUUUUUAAAUGA